AUCAAGCCCACUCAACUUGAAUUUCGUUCAUCCUUUCCCAAUUUAGUCCCUUCUUCGCAGAGCGAGAAGAAACACGCAUUAAUUUACACACACUGAAACGCGAAGGGCCGGACGAAUGGGUUUCUUUUCUUUCCUUGGACGUGUGCUCUUCGCUUCCAUCUUCAUCCUCUCUGCAUGGCAAAUGUACAAUGAAUUUGGAGACAAUGGUGGACCUGCAGCGGAAAAGUGGGCUCCCAAAUUGGCUCUGGUCAAGAAUCGUAUUGAUGGAAUAAUUGGGAAAAACAAUUUCCACAUUGAUGCCAGGACUUUCGUUGCUGCAUCCAUCUUCUUGAAUGGGUUCGGUGGACUUCUAUUUGUCCUUGGCAGCAGUUUUGGUGCUUAUCUUCUGAUGUAUUACUUGAUAUUGACAACUCCUUUGAUGCAUGACUUCUACAACUACAAAGCCGGGAGGCCAGAGUUUUUCAGAGUUCUGUCCGGGUUUCUUCAGGGUGCGGCGCUUGUUGGUGCAUUGCUGUUCUUCCUUGGAAUGAAGAACUCGAUUACAAGGAAGCAACCCAAGAAAAAGAUCAUCAAAUCGAAGGCUGCUUAAGUUCAACGAGAGGAAGCCCCUUGGGAUAUUGUUUAGAGGAGGUUGGAUUCAAAGAGAUAGGAUUUAAAUUAGGCAGAAUCAAUGUCAGCUGGUGCUGUAUUAUGUUUCCUUUUUAAGUUAUUUUUUGGAUUGGAACUUUUUGGAGGUGUUUAGAUGAUUUUUGUCGCUGAGCAAUCUGAUUUGUUCCUGCUCAUUUGUUCACACAUUGUAAGGCUUUCUGCGGAAAAAGUUUCACAUUGGAUCUUUUUUUGUUUUA